CUGCCGGUCAGCAGCGGUACUGCUCGGUGCUCCCGUCCUCACGGGAUUACGGUAAGUCGGUGUCGGUGAUGUUCGGUCAUGGCAGCGGCAGGAACACAGCAGCAGCAGCAGCUCCACAGUUCGGCACAGCAGAGCAACAAGGACUAAGCUGAAACUCUCACCUCUCCGUUUACAAAAAGAAGUGCCAACAGCUGACUCGUUUUCCACAGAGCUAUCGAUUUACAGCAGAGUUGUCUGGUUUCACUGCUGUGGGUCUCCCAAAGCAAAGUGGGACACUGUAAAUGUUGAUAUAAACCUCCUAUGUUUGAGUUCAUUCCGUCACUUUGUGCUUCCUGCCAGCUGUUUCACCUAUGCCUCGAUGGAAAGUGUUCUUCAGUCAGUACUUGCGAUGGUCCAGCACCGUCACACAAGCCCUGGCCUUGUGUGUAAUUACAUUUUGCGUUGUCCUUCCUCUGUGCUGCCAUCGUCUUCUGUACUCUUACUUUUUCAUCAAGUCCAUGUACCUGGACUCCAUGAGUGAGGACGCCCUACAGGAAAGCUUUAAACAGGGUCAGGACGCUCUGCACUUCUGGCAGAGCUCUUCCACCGGGGUGUCGCUCAGAUUCAGCGAUAUCACUCAGCAUCCUGAGCUGCUGGUCACCGUGGUGACAGCCAGGCGGAGUGAGGGGCGGGACUUCCACUACCUGCUCCAGGUGAUGCGGCAGCUAAGUGUCCUUCUAGGAGACUGUGGGAAGCGACGUUGUGCAGAGGUGUUGGUUUGUGAUGUGGAAGGUGGGCCCCAAGAACACCAGGAUGCCAAGCUGCUAGAGUCUUCCUUCACAGUGAUCCGGCAUUCGCCUGAGGAGCAGCAGAACCGGGAACGAGUCAACAUCUUUGAGAAAGAGAAGAGGGAUUAUGUCUUUUGCCUCCGCAAGGGAUGGGAGCUCGUGAGGCCCAAAAACAUGGUUAUCCUAGAAGAUGAUGCUUUGCCAAGACAGGACUUUUUCACAGUCAUAAAGGACCUGUUGUCCCGUCGAUUUGCCCUCCAGACUCUUUACAUCAAGCUGUACCACCCUGAGAGGCUACAACGCUACUGGAACCCUGAGCCGUACCGCAUCCUGGAGUGGGUGGGGCUUGGGCUAGUUGGAGCAACAGCCCUCCUCCUCACUUUCCCUUACUGGAACCCUUGCUCUUUCUCCUUCACACUGUCAGCCAGCCGUCUCCUCUUCUUCACCCUCUACUUCAUGGCUGUUGCGGAGCUGCUGGGGCGGCACUACCUCCUGGAGGCCCGGAGACUUUCCCCCCAACUCUAUGCUGUCUCUCCAGCCACUGAGUGCUGCACCCCAGCCAUGCUCUUCCCCGGCAACGCCUCUCUCAGGGUGGCCGAGUAUCUGGAUAGCUCGUUCUGCGUCAAAGGGAACGCCAAAGACAUGGUUUUGUAUCAGAUUGCCAGGACAAUACCCGGGGAAAGUUCUCACAGUGUGGAGCCCAACCUCAUCACCCAUAUCGGGGCCUAUUCUUCAGUAAGGCCAAACCCAUCCAGGCCCAAGCUUCUCUGACAGAACCAGGAGGAGGUGGAAGACUCCGUCUAACACACUGCAACAACGUUGGACUAAAUCAGGUUCCUGCUCAGCUGAUUCUGCUUUUUUCCUAUCAUGUGACCUUUGGAAUCACUAAAGGUUUAAACACAUUGCUCAGUGAGUGAUGGUUCGGUGAUUUGCAAGUGAAAAGUAUCAAGACAUUCAAGCUGAUAAUUUUAUUUUAGAUGUGGUGGUUCCAGCUUGCACUAUGUCUGCACAGGAGGCGUUUGAGCUGCGAGUUUCAGUCGUUUAUUUUAAUAGUAAUAAGGGUCAGAUUAUGGCCUUUCAGUACUACUUUGGCAGUUGUUAAAAAUCACGCUGGAAAACAAAUGUUUUUAUGUGUUUUUACGCGUUUGACCAGGCACAGUGGAAGAUGGAAAGAAAAGCAGGCCAUAAUAAAGAGGUCUUCAGAAAGCGUUGCAUUGAGUGUAUAUGUGAAAAGUGUCAUAAGUAGUUGAGUAACAAAUGAAAAAAGUAGAGUGAGACAGAAAAAUAUACGUGUACCCUCAGUAAUGUACCUGAACACAUUGUAUGUAGACAGCCAGAGGACUGAAGUUGUUGCUGCAUUGCUAACAGCUCUAUGAAUAGAGUAUUCAAAUUCUUUUGAGGCAGUCUUGUGUAAGCUUGAAUGAAACAAAGCGUCACCCAGGUUUGGUUUUGCACUGGGCACAGCUUCAACACUCAUGCUUCUCUUCACCACAAAAUCACUAAAACCCUCUCUCACUGAGUUGCAUUUACAGUGUGGGAUGAGACCAAACCUAUAUCUUCAUGCUGGAAAUUUUGGUGACUAUUCAGGUGAGGGUUUACUCUGCUGUCAGGAUUGGUUUACUCACUCACAAAACUAUUUACAGACCCUAUCAGAUGCUGUCGGAAUGCCUCCUUGUCUGCUUUUCAGAGAUUCAGAUUCUUCAUUAAACAACAUGCUGUUUGUGGACAUGACGGAAAAUGUUGACUGUAAAAGGGUUUGUUCACUGUUAGUAAAUCAGAUCAGAUUGGGUUUCAUCAAACGUAAUGGAAUCUCUUCUGAAUUUCAGAAAGCAGUUUUUAGAACUGUCCAAAAUGUUGCUCCUUUUAAAUAAUGCUGACAUGAUAUCCAGCUGUAACUAUACAAUAUCUAUCACUCACUAUAAUAUUAUCUCAG